AUGAAGCCAGAUUGUUUGCCGUCAAAAUUUCAGUGUCAACCAGACAGAAUAAAACGUACUGCACCUCCACAGCCUCGAUCAGCUGUAAUCAAAAGACGACGUAUGGACGUGAUGCAAGAAAUAUUUACUAAGGAAACUGAAAUACCAUCAAUAUCAGGCAUGACGAGCAAUUGCGAUUUUCUUUCUGCUGCCACAAAGGAUGACUGCAGUAAUUUUCAAGAUCAGGCAACACAAGUAUGUCCUGAAACAACUGAUAAAUUAAUCCAAGCAUGUUUGUCUGCAAAGAUUAGAAGCAAGUUUGUACAAACUUCUAAUCAAGCUAAGGAUAAGAAUACUUCCCCUUUAAAGCCUGAUAUCAUGAGCACUGCAACAUCACCUUUUAAAAUAAAGUCUCAAGUUAAAUCUGCAAGCAAUACAAACGUCAGGAGAAAAUUACUGCUGAGUGAAAAGUUAGAAGUGUCAUCAUCAAACAGUUCAUCGCCAUCAAAAUAUUUACAAUCGAAUACUGACACUUCACCGUCGGUUCAGUCCUCACUUAUAAUGACAGCAACUAGCAGUGACCAAGAAACUCAAAGUGAAUUAUUGGAAUUAAAAAGGAAAGUUGAAAUAGAAAAUCUAUGCCGUGUGUCUAUUGAAAAUACUAUAAGAUUAAUUAAGAAUAAUCCACGAUAUUAUAUAGGAAUUUCGAAGGAUUGUUAUUUUUUAAUUGACAUUAUAUUAAAACAUACAAAGCUUCCUGAAGAACACAUAUUAUAAUGUUUGAAAAAAAUUAGAUUAAAUACACCAUUUUCUGAGCUUGGAGAUCAAUUUAGUAUGUCUCUAUCUUAUGCAAGUAAAAUUUUCAUGAAAUCUGUAGUUCUUAUUGCAAGUGUAUUACAUUCAUUUAUAAUUAAACCAAAUAAAAGGUCAGUAAAACGAAAUUUACCAAUGGCGUUUAGACAUAAAUACCAUAAUGUUUACUGCAUUAUUGACUGUUUUGAAAUUGAAAUACAGAAACCAUCAAAAUCUGUAGAGCAGGCUUUAACAUGGUCAGAAUAUAAGAAAGCAAACACUGCCAAAUACUUGAUCAGUAGUACCCCUGAUGGUAUUAUCAAUUAUAUUUCACCUGGAUACAGUGGCAGAAUAACUGAUGUUUUAUUAGUACAGAACUGCAGCUUUUUAGAUUGUUUAGAACCAGGUAUGUCUAUACUUGCAGAUAGAGGAUUUAAACAUAUAGAAGAACAUUUACUGCAAAAAGGAAUUCAUUUAGAAAGACCUCCAAGUGUUUCAUCUAAUUGUAAAUUAUCAAAACAGGAGGUAAUUAAAACAAAACAAAUAGCGAGUUUAAGGAUUCAUAUUGAGAGAAUUAUAAGACGUUUGCGAGAAUUCUCUAUGUUAAAACCUCAUUCUUUAAUUAAUAUGAAAUUAUUGAAAUAUUUGGACGAAUGUGUUGUUAUUGCAUCUGCAUUGAUUAACCUACAGGAUAGUAUAAUUAAAAAUAAAUGAUUUUCAAAAA